GUGGUCAUAUCAAAAAUGGAGUGCGGUUGUGAAACAAGUUACCUGGGUCCAGCUUUAACAGAAACCUGCGGAGCUGGAUCUUUUGUGCUCUUCAUGAGUCUUUUGGAUUCGUUUAUAUCGAGAAAAUGUGAUAUCUCCGAAGUGUGCGAUAGAGUUUCCCCAACGAUUACACCGUUUUUCGAGUAUGAUUUUAUCGUAAUCGGUGCCGGAAGUAGUGGAGCCACGGUAGCUGGACGAUUAGCGGAAACAUCUCAUUGGAGAGUUCUUCUUUUAGAAGCGGGGGGUGAUGAACCACCCGGUUCGCAAAUUCCUGCAAUGGUUAUUAAUUAUCAUGGAAAUCCGUAUAUGGAUUGGAAUUAUAAAACGGAACCCGAAAAUUAUGCGUGUUUGGAUUAUCCCGAAAGAAGGUGUCAUUGGCCCAGGGGAAAAGUUCUUGGGGGUUGUAGCGUUAUCAACGGGAUGAUGUACAUGAGAGGAGUACCAAGGGAUUACGAUAAUUGGGCUUUAAGUGGAAAUCUCGGAUGGAGUUAUAAUGAAGUUUUACCGUUUUUUAAGGUUUCUGAGAAUAACGAAGAAAUUGGAACGAUUGCUGAUGAAGGUUAUCAUGGUGUGGGAGGGCCCAUGAAUGUUAAAACGUUUAAUGAUCGCCCAGGUUUAGCCGAUGAUCUUUUAUUAGCUGCUAAAGAAGCUGGAUAUCCUGUCACUUUAGAUAUGAAUGGAGCAUAUCAUACUGGAUUUACCGUUGCACAAACAAGCACUAAAAACGGCGUAAGAGUUAGCAGCGCAAAAGCUUUCGUUCGUCCUCAACGUAACAAUCCAAAUUUCCAUGUCAUGUUGAAUUCAACAGUAACUAAAAUUCAAAUUGGUAAUAAAAAUGGAAAGAAGACAGCGACUGCCGUUGAAUUCCUCUACAAAAAUAAAAAAUACGUUGUUAAAGCUAGAAAAGAGAUUAUUGUAAGUGGAGGCGCCGUGAAUUCACCACACCUCUUAUUAUUAUCAGGAAUUGGACCAAAAGAUGUUCUCGAUAAAGUGGGGAUUAAACAAGUUCAUAAUUUACCUGGUGUUGGAAAAAAUUUACAUAAUCACGUGACGUUUUAUUUAACAUACGCGUUAAAUAAAGUUAAAGAUACCGCAGAUUUAGAUUGGGCUAAAGCGUUAGAUUACAUUUUAUAUCAAAAUGGGCCGUUAUCUUCAACGGGGUUGUCUCAAUUAACAGGAAGAUUAAACACAAAAUACGAAACAAACACCGAUUAUCCCGAUUUACAAAUUUUCUUUUCUGGUUAUUUAGCGAAUUGUGCUCAAUCAGGGGCUGUUAAUGCUUACUCAGAUCCAAAUAAUCCAAACGCACCAAAACAUAUUCAAGCAUCCCCAGUUAAUUUACACGCAAAAAGUCGCGGUUAUAUAAGUUUAAAAUCGAAAAAUCCCACAGAGUAUCCUCUCAUUUAUGCAAAUUAUUUAAGCGAACCUGACGAUUUAGAUGUUUUAGUCGAAGGAAUUAGAGUUAUUCAAAAUUUAACACGUACAAAACUUCUUACACAAAAAUACGGAAUUGAAUAUGUUAAAGAAGAUUAUGGAAAUUGUUCAAAACUUUAUCAAUUCGACACCGAUGAUUAUUGGAAGUGCGCUAUUCGUUACGCAACGGGACCAGAAAAUCAUCAAGCGGGUUCUUGUAAAAUGGGUCCAUCAUCUGACCAAUUAGCCGUCGUUAAUAACGAAUUAGAAGUACACGGCAUUUCAGGUUUAAGAGUUAUCGAUGCAUCUAUUAUGCCCGUUGUAAUAUCGGGAAAUACCCACGCUACAUGCGUCAUGAUUGCCGAGAAAGGAGUCGAUUACAUUAAAAAGAAGUGGUUAUCUAAUUCUAAUAAUACAAAUAAUUAUCAACAAACGGCUCAAUCGACUCAAAGCGAUUCUAAUAUUGAGCAACACAAUAACAAAAAUUCUAAUUAUUCUAAUAGACCACCUGGUUAUUAUCAUUACGAUCACGGUAAAGCUUAUGAAAAUCAUGUGAAUAAACAUCAAAGUUCCGGUUAUAAACAUAAUCAGUAUGAAAGAAGAAGUUUUCAAGAUGAUGGGCAAUAUAGACCGGAACAUCACGGCGAAGGAUAUUAUUAUUAAGAUGUAUUAUAUUAAUGCGAAAUUUGAUUUAAUAAAAGUUUGUAAUUUACUUAA